GUUUGUGUGUUGACAGAUCAGAGUAAGCAUGGCUGUAGCGUUCCAUAGCCGGUGCGGCGAUAGAGUGACGCUGAUAAAUAGUAAUAGAACAGCAGUCAGAAACUUUUCAGAGUUUAAUAACGGGUUGGUGCUGAGCAGUCAGCCUCUUGCAGACAAUCAGCUUUUUCAAGUUCGCAUUGAUAAGAAGAUAAACUCCUGGAGCGGAAGUAUCGAAAUUGGUGUAACAUGCUUGAACCCCGAGACAAUGGAAUUCCCAUCUACUGCGUCCGAGCUUCGAGGAGGAUCUUGGAUUCUAUCAGGGACUUCAGUGCUCAAAGACGGCCAGUCUAUCGUGGAGGUGUAUGGCGAAGACUUGGAGAAGCUGUCUGAAGGUGACUGCGUCGGGGUUAUGCGUACCUCAGAGGGUGAGCUGGUGUUCUACGUGAACGAGGAGUCUCAGGGGGUGGCCGCGAGGGACGUUCCGAGCGGCGUCUAUGGCUUUGUCGACAUGUACGGGAAGUGUGCGCAGGUGACAGUCAUCGAUGACGACGACGAGACCCGUGGAGACUCUGACGACAGAUCCGACUUCGACGUCGAGCUGAGUGCGAGUUGCGGAACGUACGAGCCGGCCGACGGGCAGCAGCAGCCGGCACUGGUGACGGACCUCGUCGUCAACAUGAACGUCGCCAACACUCGGCGCGAUGUCAUCGCGUUCGAAGAGGAGUCGCCGCCGGCGUCCGUAGUCGCCGCAGAGGACGUGGAAGUGUCGCCCCCUCCGGACAGGUUGAGGUUCCACGAGCGCUGCGGCAGCCUGGUGCGCAUCUCCUGCGGCGGUCGCAGCGCGGAGAGGAGGCGGCCGCUCGACGAGUUCAACAACGGCGUCGUCAUGACGCACCGCCCCCUGCACGACGACGAGCUGUUCGAGAUCCGCAUCGACCGGCUCGUGGACAAGUGGUCCGGCAGCAUCGAGGUGGGCGUGACGACGCACGACCCGGCCGCCCUGGCGUUCCCCGCCACCAUGACGAACCUGCGCACGGGCACCACCAUGAUGUCCGGCAGCGGGAUCCUCACCAACGGGAAGGGCACGCGCCGCGAGUACGGCGAGUUCAACCUGGACGAGCUGUGGGAGGGCGACCGCAUCGGCAUGGUGCGCAAGGCGAACGGCAACCUGCACUACUUCAUCAACGGGCUGGACCAGGGCGUGGCCGCCAGCAAGGUGCCGUCCCGCGUCUGGGGCGUCGUCGACCUCUACGGGAUGACUGUCAAGGUUUCCAUCGUGGACAGAGACGAGCGGGAGGAGCAGAACCUGAUCACGCGAAGGAACACGACGCAGCGGUCGCAGGCCGCGCUGCACAGCCUCAACGAUCUGCCCGAGGAGGACAACGUGGACCGGCUCAUGUUCCACCCGAACUGCGGCACGCACGCCGCCGUCAUCAACAACCACAGGACGGCGCAUAGGCCGCAUGCAAUGGACGACUUCAACAAUGGCGUAGUGCUGACGAACCGGCCGCUGCGGCCGGGCGAGCUGUUCGAGGUGCGGCUUGACAAGAUGGUGACCAAGUGGGCCGGCUCCAUCGAGAUCGGCGUAACGAUGCACAGCCCCGCGGAGCUGGAGUUCCCCUCCACGAUGACCAACGUGAGGUCCGGGACGUGGAUGAUGACGGGGAACGGAGUGAUGCACAACGGCUCGACCGUCAUCCACGAGUACGGCCAGAACCUGGACCGGCUGCAGGUGGGCGACCGCGUGGGCGUGAUGCGCACGGAGGAGGGCACGCUGCACUUCUUCGUGAACGGCGUGGACCAGGGGAGUGCGGGGGCGGGCGUGCCGGAGCAGGUGUACGGCGUGAUCGACCUGUACGGGCAGGCGGUGCAGGCGACCAUCGUCGACCCCGCCCUGGAGCACAUGUGCCGCUCCGCCUCGGACACCACCUUCAGCACCACGAACCGCACUGACGCCGCCGCGGCCGGUGACGGAGACGGCACCACCUCGUACAGCGACCUGCGCUUCCGGCACUCGCACGGCAAGAAGGCGCGGCUCUCCAACGGCGGCACGACGGCUUCGCGGCCCCGCGCGUUCGGGGAGUUCAACGACGCCAUCUUGGUGAGCAACCGCCCGCUGAGGGACGACGAGAUCUUCGAGGUGGUCGUGGAGAAGACUGUGGACUGCUGGCUCGGUUCCAUAGAAGCCGGGGUAACGUCUGUACGGCCGGACGAGCUGGAGCUACCGUGCACGAUGACGGACCUGGAGCACGGGACGUGGAUGCUGUCCGGCAGCAACGUCAUGGUGGAUGGCGUCGUGCUGCGCAAGGACUACCCUUGCGACCUGGACGAGGUGGUCGUCGGCAACAGAGUGGGUAUGGCGCGGCACUCGGACGGCACGCUGCACUUCUACCUGGACGGGGUGGACCGCGGGGCGGCGUGCGGCGGCGUGCCCCCGGGCGUGUACGCCGUCAUCGACCUGUACGGCCAGUGCGCCCAGGUGUCCAUCGUGCGGCCCGAGCGACCGGCGGGGGCCGCUCCCGCUCCCGGGAGGCUCGCGCUGCCCGACCGCCCCCACCAGCUGACAACGGAGACGACUCCGACGACCGUGGGCGGCGGCAAUGCGAGCGAGACGCUGGGCCCGAGCAGCCAGACGGCGGUGCCCGCCGACUCCUGCCACAGGUUUGGUGCCGUCAGCGGGAAGAACGUGGUACUGCGGUCCGGCGGCACAGUCGCCACCCGACUGCGUGGCUACUCGCACGCCCUCGUGUUUUCUUCCGACCCCCUUGAACCCGACGAAACAUUCGAGAUCUGCUUGCGCGAGCUGGCCCCCCACUGGUCGGGCACCGUGCGGCUGGGUGUGACGACGCUGCUACCCACGAUGUCCGCAUCCGGCUCCGGCUCUGGAUCUGGAUCCGGUGGUCCCGGCUGCCCGCCUGUCGCCGCCCUGCCGGCGGUCAGCGCCGACACUUGGUACCUCAUACGCAACGAGGUGCAGAAGAACGGGCGCACGCUGCAGCACUGCUACUGCCCCAGCCUCGAGUGGCUGACGGUCGGCGACCGCGUGGGAGUCCGGCGCGCUGCCGACGGGGCCCUCAGCUUCUCGCUCAACGGCGAGGACGUGGGCGUCGCCGUGCCGUACGUGCCGAAGAAAGUCUACGCGGUGGUGGACCUGUACGGCAAGGCGGUGUCGGUGGCUGUGACGAGCGUGGGCGGGCACGCGGGUGCGGUCCCCACCUCGCCCGGCCCGGUCGGCGUGCCGCCCCUCGCCGCGCCCGAGAUGGCUUCCUCCGGCAGCGGCGGGCCGGACGACAGCCUGCGCUCCAGCCGGCUGCACGACUCGCUCGAGAUCCUGCUGGACACCGCCGAGCCAGCGCAGCCCGCGGCCGACAGGGCUCCACUUGAACCGACGGGGUCGGAAGGCGACACCUGCGAAGACGUCCCGGUCGUCAGGGAAGUCGCGGCGGACGACGGCGCCGCGGAGCUGGCAGUGGGCGCCGCACCGCCAGAGGACCGCUCGGAGAGGACGAAGGGCUCCGGCGGCGUGUCGUCGUCCGACAAGGGCCAGCUGUCCUCCCGACAGGGCCAGUCGGACGCCGAGGCGGAGAGCCUGAUGUCUUUCUGGAGCGAGCGCUUCGGCCGCAACAUCGAGCUGGGGCCCGGCGGGCGGACGGCACGCCGCACGGCGUCCUACAACCAGGGGCUCGUCGUGUCGGACCGCCAGCUGCCGCGGGACCACGUCUUCCAGGUCCGCAUCGAGGCGACGGACCCGCGCUGGGUGUCGUCGCUGCUGGUCGGGGUGACGGCGGCGCUGCAGCCUCCGCCUCCGCCUUCGCCCACGUCGACUCCUGCCGCUGGGCCGCCUCCGGGUCCCGUGCCGGGCCCUUCGUCCGCCCCCACGCCGCCGCCCCCGCCGCCUCGGCCCGCCGCACCGCAGCGCUCGACGCACUUGCCCGUCACCGCCCUCGGCCUCGGCAAGGACACGUGGGUCAUCUGCGGCGACUUCGUGCUCAGGAACGGCAUCCCGAUCCGAGGGCAGUACGGCCCCAACUUGGACUCGCUGGGAGUGGGGGAUGUGGUGGGCGUGUCGGUGGACGCGGCCGGCCGGCUGCACUUGUGGGUGAACGGAGCGGACCAGGGGGUCGCCGCUCAGGACCUGCCCGCGCACCUGCACGCCCUCGUCGACGUGUACGGCCAGUGCCAGCAGGUCCGCGUCGUCGGCGGUCCGGGCGAGAGCGCCACGCCCGACGAGGCUCCUGCCUUGCCGCUCGGCACGGAGGAGGACGACGGCGCGGAGGCGGCCCAGGCGGCGGCCGCGGCCUACGUCGCGGAGGUGGACGACGCGGAAGACCGGGACGGCCUCAGCGAGAAGGCGGACCUGGAGUGCGACGAGAAGGAGAAGGUGGAGGCACAGGCAGAGGCGAAGCGUGGGGCCGGCACUCAGCGGGACGAGGAGCUCUUCGCGAGCGGCAGAGACCCGCCGGCGUCGCUGUCGAACGCGCGGGCCCCGGCAUCUCCGCCGCGCUCGCUGCCCGCCACCCUGUCGGACAACGACGUGGCCAACGGGCAGCUGAAACAGCAGCAACAGCAGCAGCAGCUGCACGGUUCGGCGCCGGUCAUCACGCCGACGGCCGUGGCGAAGAAGUCGGCGCCGCCGUCGCCCGUCAGCGACAACUCUGUCAGCCAGCAGCAGCAGCACGGCAAAAUCGUCACACAGGUGAGACGCGUGCCGCUGCAGCCGGUCACCUGUGUCCGGAGGGACCGCCUCGCGGCGCGCUACGCCGGCCUCGACCCCGGGCGGCGGCGGGCUGGACAGCUGGGCGGCGGCUGCCCGUCCUCCGGAGGCGGCCGACUCUGCCCGUCCGCGACCGCACCGCCGGCCGCCCUGGCCGCACCCGCCAGGAAGUGUGACUACCACACGGUGUGCGCGCGCUUCCGCAGCUUCCUCGGCUUACCAGACGGCUUCUUCCUGCCGGGCGACGCGGGCUCCUGCUUCUGCGAGCAGUGCGUGCGCCGACUGCGGCCGCCCUCGCCGCCGCCCGGCCUGACCGUCCGCCGCAAGUCUUGCGUGGCGGCGGCGCCCGCGGCAGCGUCCGCUGCAGGGACGCCGACUGGGGCGUCCGACCCGGCCGUUCCCGCCGCACCGUCAGUGGUGGGGACCGGCACUGUGGACACCGGCUCGGGGCCGGCGGUUGCGGACGUGGCCACCUUGCAGUCUGCCGAGAUACUGCUGCAGAUAGCUGGCUGGUGCAGGUUCCCCCUGAAGAGGCGGCCGAAGCCGUCCCCCCAGGAGGGCGGCGACAGCGCGGGCGCGCCGCCGCAGCCGUGCGCGGGUUGGCACGUCGCCUUCUGGGGCGCGCGCCUCGGCGACGUGCGGCAGGUGCUGGACCGCGGCGAGCUGCUGCUGCCAGGUGAGCUGGGCCUGCAGCGGAUGCGGGACAAGUCGGACUCCGAGGGCUCGCAGCUGGUCUUCUCUCCGGACAUCCGGCACGCCGUCAGCAAGACGUUGCCCUGCCGCAAGAAGUCAGAAUUCCUGGACCCCAAGACGCGGCAGCGGUACCGUGCGUGGGCGGCGUUCCAGGUGCUGGUGCAGCCGGGGACGUACAAGGUGUCGGCUGCGCGGGCGCCAGCCCAGGCGGAGGCGGAGGAGUGGGUGACCAAGGAGCGCGGCACGACCGUGCUGUCGGCGCUGCUGCUGCGGCUGCGCCCGGCCGACGACGACGCGGCGCCCGCCACGUCCGCCGAAUGCCGCGGCUGAGCCGGGCCGUACUGCGCUCCGCUCUCCCACUCUCGCCGGUUUACGCUUUCUCGUUUCUGUCUUACCACGCCAGUAUUUGCAGACGCCGCCCCUCCCGACAGGGCACGCCGACCGUGCCGUCGCGCGAGGCUAGACGUGUGGCGGGGGCGGGGUCGGCGUUUAGCUUCCGCCCUAACUGCAGUUGCUGCGCUCGCCUGUACGAGCACGCCGAGCGCUCCGCCUGGAGGUGUGUCUGGUGACUGGGAAGACCGGACAGCUGAAAUACGUACCUCGAUGCCUCGAUACGGACUUGAACUAAUGAAGAGUGAGGUAUGACGAUCCACCCCCGCCCGAUUCUCUCCCACUGAACUGUGCACGUGGAAAUGUUUCCUCGUCAUUCGAUAUACGUCCAUAAGGGUCUCUUAUAAUUUUGUUUUCGUGUGCCUCUUUACAGAUUUACGAUAAGAGACAUUAUUUGAAACAUAACGCAGUUUACUAAAAUGUAGACUUUAACGGCCGGAAAUAUCGUGUCCAUUACAAUUAUCCGGGCUGUUAAGCUGUGGUCGGUUGACGAAUUCUGUGUCAGUUCCCAACGUUUCGUCUCCGACUGCGGGAGACGUCUUCGAGGGGGUCGGUAGCUCGCUACUGACUGAGCCGGUGGGUGUGUCGGAGCUUCCGUCGAGCUACGGACCCCCUUGAAGACGUCUCCUGCAGCCGGAGACGAAACGUUGGGAAUUGGCACAUAAUUCGUCAACCGACCAGGGCAUAACAGCCCGGAUAAUUACAAUGGACAUGAUAACACACUUAAUGAACAGCUAGAAGGCUUGAGGGGUCUAUAUGAAUGGGAAGACUGACUACACUUUUCUAAAAGGUGAGAAAUGUAUGACUUAGUGUGUUAGAACAAAAGUGGAAGAUAUAUGCCCUCUAUGAGUUUAGAGAGAGAUACAAGCACACCAGCCUAAAGAAAAAAAAGGUGUGCAUGAGUGUGGCCUGCAACCCCCCCCCCCCCCUUCCUCACGCGCGCACACACACACACACACACACACACACACACACACACACACACACACACACACCUACACCUAUGUACACACUUUAAAUUUUUACACGUAUUACAGUAAGACAGAGAGAGAGAGAGAGAAUGCAUAGCAAUAUCUGCCUGAAGGACUUGUUAAAUUGCAUUUUACUUCGUCACCCAGAAGUUCUCAUUAAAAACAAAGAAUCUUGUAUAAAAGAUGACGGUAAUUAGCCAGUUUGAGGUGUCCCUAAUGUAUUGGAAGACAGGGUGUAUUAUUCAGUAGUUGACAGUAUUACGAAACGGACAGAUUGCUAAAUCAAAUAGAUUCUCAUUUUGAUACUUUCAUUUAUUACGUAGACACGUGUAAUUGUGUUCUCCCGAGAGCUGAGACUAGUCUCUCACUAACAGUCGACGGCUUUCAGUUCCUACGCUUAAUACUCGUGUAAAAUUAUAGACGGCAUUUUGUAACUGGAGCAAAGCAGCGAUCGGAGUAACAGUCUAAAAGUCGAGUAGAGAGAAUCUCGAUCACGUUUUCAGAUUUUUAUUCACCAGCAACUAGUUUCGGCCAUUUCCUCGGACCGCAUUCGGGCUUUUCUCCACCGUAACGGGUGCCGGUGGCGGCAGACAGAGAGAGAUCCGUAAAAGUGAGGAUCUCGCCGUAGUCCGGCCGGUCGGAAAAAUUAGGCACCGGACAUCGAUAAGAAGUCUUUCGUAGAGGGCAACUUACUGCAGAGGUACGGGUGCCGAUAACUGAAGUUCCGACCGCGGGCCUACAGCUUGUGCCCCGUCUGUUCUCCCACACUGUUCUACGAUUCUGUUCUGUCCGAAAUAUUCUAUUAAAAUGAAGGGAUUUUAAUAUGUGAACAAUUUUGUACGAUACAAUUAUCGUAUUUCACUUUAAAUUCAAGUAAUACGUGCCCACCGAUGGAAAUUACAUUCGUUACGUAACGGCCCACCCUUGUACUUUCUUGUACAAAGUACAGUUCUGAACUUCAAAAUAGUCACUUCGCUCACACACGUACGUAUUCCACUCCCUUUUCACUUUUACGUACGAUCGCGAGAAGCGUACGCAUUAGUGUUCCGUCCCGUAAGUGCGUGUGCUCCGGCUCGACCGACUCGCCCGUCGGCACCGACGGUCCCCGGGUGCCGGUGUCUCCCUCCCCGCAAUCACUUUCGGUGCCACGUACACUGAAACUGGCCGCCGUACGACUGCAAAAUGUAAACUGGCGAAGUGCUCCUUUUUUAUUACAAUUUACCUGCCUACGUGGCCGACGUCACCGACGCGCAGUCGUACGGCGGUUCUCGACUCGGGAUCGGCCGGUCCGUAUUUUGGUGCCGGAAAAAGUUUUCGGCGGCACUAUUUUACCGGCGAAGGGAGGAGACGUGGCGGUGUGACAUUUCCGAUCGCCAAACUCUGCACCUGUGUCCCGGUUUAAAUACCGAACCUGUGCACAGUGUCUCGAGAAGUGACGGGGAUGUCGAGUUCGGUGGCCUCUUCCGUUCUGUUAGGGAGGAGCGGGAGGUGUGCUGGCAACAGCCUUCACUCUUUCCCUCCUCGCGUCGUGCAGCAUAAACACAGCAAAACACACACAGUAUUACAAAUAUUGUGGUGGAGCGUGUUGUAAAUAAAUAAACAAAAGAAGAAAAACCAUUAACAGCUCCACUGUGAUGCAGCAGAGGAGUGUAAGGGUACACUCAAUCUGUCCAGUAUAGGACCAACAUCUCUACUCUUAACAUCGUCAACAGGUGCAGACAAAAGAGAGCUUUCAGAGUUAGAGCACUGCAUGCCGCCUCCCUUUUCCCUCCCUCCCUCCCUCCCUCCCUCCCUCCCUCCCUCUCUCUCUCUCUCUCUCUCUCUCUCUCUCUCUCUCUCAUCCAAACGCACACACCCAACACAAAAACCAACCUGUGCCCCUACAUUCUGCUGGCUGGACACACAGUGCUGGGAUUGCACUUCAGCUGGUGGGGUGGCGGUUAUGUCGACGAGAGUGAGUAAGAAGAAAAGAGAAAGGGCGGAGGGGAGGGACGUAGGUGGUAGCAGGCAGGAAGA